GAAAUGUGCCCGGCUUUAACCCUUCCAUCUCCAGUCCCAAAAUAAAAAUAGAAGCUACAAAGUGUUGUAAUAAAAGUGUAGAGUGCAUUACAGCACUAUUGUUACAUGCAUGAGCAGGGUUUGGGGAUGUCAGUGGUUGUGGUGCAGCAUGAGGCAGGAACAUGCCCCCAUCCCUCUGCCAGGGCUCAGAGGAAAGUUGCAGUGUGCAUGGUAAGACGUGCUAGAGGCGGGCUACAUACAUAGCACAGGGCAGCAGCACUGUGGCCGGGCUAACUAGCCAUGUUCCGGAUUCUAGACAAGUAUCUCAGGUUUGAUGGGGAGAACAUGUAUAUGAGUAUGAAUGAAAGUAACCAGGACUUCCUUUCAUCAAAUCAGACAUACAACAAUCAGAAUGAAAGCAAUGAAGACUAUGAGAUCCCUCCAAUCACUCCACCAAAUUUACCAGAGCACUCUCUCAUGCACUUGGUUGACCAUGAGUCUGGAUAUCAUUCACUGUGUCACAGCCUCCCUCCAAACAGCCUGAUACCAGCUUACUCAUACCAGAACAUGGACCUACCUGCAAUCAUGGUCUCUAACAUGUUGAGUCAGGAAGGACAUCUUCUCUCCUCUCAGCUGCCAACAAUACAGGAGCUGGUACACUCUGAAGCAUCCUCCUAUGAUCACAAUCAUCACGGUUCCCUGAUAAACCGAUCUGGAAUGCUGCCCAGUCACAUGAGUGCACUCAGCCAAUCGCAGCUUAUCUCACAAAUGGGAAUGAGAAGUGCAGUUACUCAUGGAUCUCCUUCUCCACCGGGUAGUAAAUCAGCUACGCCCUCCCCUUCUAGCUCCACCCAGGAGGAGGACACUGACUCUCACUAUAAGGUUGCUGGGGAAAAACGACCUUCAGCUGACCUUGGGAAAAAACCCAAAAAUCAGAAGAAAAAGAAAAAGAAGGACCCAAAUGAGCCCCAGAAACCUGUGUCUGCGUAUGCCCUAUUUUUUAGGGACACUCAAGCAGCAAUCAAGGGUCAGAAUCCUAAUGCCACAUUUGGAGAUGUGUCUAAAAUAGUUGCAUCUAUGUGGGACAGCCUGGGCGAAGAACAAAAACAAGCCUACAAGCGAAAGACUGAGGCUGCCAAGAAGGAGUAUUUGAAGGCCCUUGCAGCCUACAGAGCAAGUCUGGUUUCCAAGAGCUACGCUGACCAAGGAGAGACGAAGAACUCCCAGCCCAAUCAGCCUUCCAAAAUGAUACUCCAAAAGCAGUCUAUGUAUAACCUGCCCCCACAGCCUUCCUCACCAUAUCCUGGGCUGGCUUCUUUUCUGUCCCCUGCAGACCUGCCAAGCUACCGCGGGCACCCUCACCCCAACCUCUCCCGAAGUCUCAAUGCCAAAUCUAUGUUGCCCAGCAUCAGUGCCUCACCUCCACCCCCUUUCCAGAUUAGCCCUCCCCUCCACCAGCAUAUGCGUCACCCUUCUAGCUCUCUCAUUAAUCAGUCCCUUAAUAUGCAGCAACAACCUCCCAUCCUUUCUCCCAGCAUUGGAUUACAGUCACCUAUGAGCUCAUCCCCUACAGGUCAACAGGACUUCUCACAUCUCCCAUCAGAAUUUCCAAACAAUGUUGACCCACGAUCCCCUGCCUCCUCCAAUCCCCCAGGAAGCACAGAGUGGGACAAUGAGUUUCCCAACAGAGAGUGCGGAAUUAACCACUGCAAUUCUCUGCCAGGAGACAAGUCUCUCUACCUCACCUAGAACCACAAACACAUUUGUAAAUGAAGGCUAAAGGAAUGGACAUUUCAGAAAGUCUACAGCACUGGACUUCAAAAACAAGGAUGGCACAGUCACCAAGACACGCAUACUUUAGUGGUUGGUUCUUCUAAAGUCUCAGAGAAUCUGCUUUGUUUGCAAAUAUAAACUUGGUGGAGCAAGAAGCCAAACUCCCAUAACUUCUAAUGAACAAAAGAGACACCUCUUAUUGCCACCAUCUUUGUUAUGGAAAGCAUGGGGAUGAAUAGUAAACGAGAGGGGGUUGCUCUUUCAAAGUUCAUCCAGGCACAUAAAAUGUGUAAAGAGGUUUGUUAAUAUUGUAUAUUUGAAAUAACCCCUACCCCACCAAAACCAAACAAUAAUUCUUAUAAGUGGAAAAAGACAAAUACCUUAAAAAAAAUUGUGCAAAUAUACAAAAAACACAGAAAAAUGUCAUUAAAAAAAAUAAGAGUAUGAAAAAUAUAAUUUGUUGAAUAGUUGUAAGUAGAUUUAUCAUGUGGUUUAGGACUGUGAUAAAGACAUCUUUACAAUUUUUUUGUGUAUAGAAAUAAAAGGAGUAGCUUACUUUAUAGUAAAAGCAUUUUAUAUUAAUUGUAGCACAUUUUUUAGUUAUACAUAGGAUGUAUAAAUUACUGCCAAAUUUUUUUUCUUUUCUUUUUUUUUUCAUUUUCUUUUUACAGUAAGAAAAUAAUUUCUUUACAGUAAGAAAAUAGUUUCUAUCUGUGCUAAUUCAUGAAGUUAUUCUAUUUUUUUUUCAGUCACAAUUUCACCUUAUUUCAAAUUGUUGACAACGAUUUUAUUUAUGGGAAGAAAGAGAAAAAAAACAAGCAGGUUUCUGAUUUAAUAAUAAAAUAGCUUUUUUAUGUUUGGUCUGAGCUGCCUAUUCCUGUCCAGCCAGAACAUUCAUUUGGUUUCACAACUGCUUAUUUGACUUUUCUUUUUAAUAAAAACAUUUGAAAAAUG